AUGGUUAAGGUGCUGCACGAGGCGUUCGGCAUCGAGUCCGGACUGAUGACGACGAUCCACGCCUACACAGCGACCAGCGCCUCCACGAUGCUCCUCACAGCGAUCUCCGGCGCGCACCGCGCCGCGGCAUUGUCUACGAUCCCGACUUCUCCGGCGCCGCCGCCACCAUCGGGCGGAUCAUCCCAGAAGGGCGCUGGGUUGUCGAGCGAGUCCGCCAUCGUUGCCGUAGGAUCGGUUGCCGGUGAUCUCACCGUACUAGUCGGAAGGUGGUCUGGGCUCGAGGAAAUCGGAGAGGCGGCUGCCGCCGACCCGCAUCAGAUCGGGACGCAGUCGUUGUACUGUGAGCCAUGCCGACCCUGCUCGACGUGCAUUCAAGAUCGGCGCGGUAGCUGGCAACGAUUGUGGUGGCGGCCUACCUGUAUGCGGCCUUCACUUAUCGCAGCGCUGAUGUCCUUGCGCCGCCAGGACGCAUCGAGUCUCUCGGCCGACCUAUCUGGAUCAGUAAUUUCCCGCCGCGCACUCGGGAAGACUCGAACAGCGAUACGCGCAAGGCCACCGGGAGCAGUACGCCUUGGAACAAGUGAGUUCCGUAUUCCGUGGCGCGCUGUCUACCAGUGGCAGAACGACCAGAUCCGCGGCCAGGCGACGUCGAGCGCGUACCUGAAAUGGGGCGAGACGUACAUCAGCUAUUCGCUUUCGGGUGGCCCA